GAGCUGCUUAGAAUUCCAGAAGUGUCCAUUUUCAGUCAAUGGUUGACGGAUUCCAAGUUCAGGAUUCACAGUGGAAGUAACGUAACUGCACUAAUCCCAUCUGAUACAGCAAUAAUGGCUCUAAAUCAGGAGAACAGAAAAUUUUGGAAGGACUCUUAUACGAUGCCUUUUUUAAUCAGAGCACACUUUCUCCAUGAAGCUUACAUAUCAGAUCAGCUAAAACAGCAUGCAAACCAGGAGAUUGCCACCUUGGACCCCAGAACGAAAUGGGAGAUAAGAGUUAUUGAAGGGAAUCUAACAGUUAAUAACGCAAGUGUUAUUACCCAAGAUAUUCCAGCCUCAAAUGGAUUUAUUUUCAUUAUUGGACAGGUUUUAAUACCACCCUUAGGAAAUAUACCUCCAAGGCAACCAGGACUGUUGAAAAAAUUAGAGCAAGUUCCAGCAUGGGAAAGAUUUAAACUAGAAAUUCAGAAAUCAGGUCUUGUUCAGGAAAUUGAAGCAUCUCAACGCUAUACGAUCUUUGUCCCUGAUAACUCUGCUAUAAAGAAAUUUUACAAUCAAACUGAUUUGGGCAACUUGGUA